UGGGAUGUUGCAGGACUUAGUGCCAGUGGAAGAUGUGAUUGUGAACUUCACACAGGAAGAGUGGGCUUUGCUGGAUCCUUCACAGAGGAAACUCUACAGAGAUGUGAUGCAGGAAAUCAUCAGGAACCUGGUCUGUACAGGGAGAAACUGGGAAGACCAUAAUAUCGAAGAUCAGCAUCAAGAUGACAAGAAAAAUGUAAGAAUUCAUGUUACACAGAGCCUAUAUGAAAGAAAAGAAGAUAGUCCCUGUGGAGAAACUCUUAGUCAUGUUACAGACAACGUGAAUGAGCAGGCACUUGUUGGAGUGCAACCAUGUGAAAGCCCUGCCUGUGCAGAAGGCCGCAUUCAUUCAUCUGUCAGUAGGUGCAACAGAGCUCAUGGAGAGGAGAAAGUAUAUGAGUGUCAGAAGUAUGCAGAGGAGCUAUGUAAACAUAAGCCGCCUGGAAAACCUUUCACUUCUCUUGCAAGUGUGGGAAGACACAUGGAAACACAAAGUGGAGGUGGACCUUACACAUGUAAGGUAUGUGGGAAAACCUUUGGUAAUCUUAGCUUAUUAAAAUUACAUGGGAAAAUUCACACAGUAGGGAAGCGCUAUGAAUGUAAGCUAUGCGGUAAGGACUUUUAUUGUUUUAUUUCCAUUAAAAAGCAUGAAAAAACUCAUAAUGGACUUAAACUUUAUGGGUGUAAGGCAUGUGGAAAAGUGUUCACAUGUCUCACAAGUAUUCAAACACACAUAUUGCAACAUGGGUAUGAACGUUAUAAAUGUAAGUUGUGUGGAAAGGACUUUGAGUUUCGCUAUUGCUUGCGUAUACAUGAAAGAACUCACAGCAGAGAGAAACUUCAUUGUAAACAAUGUGGAAAAGCCUUUAGUUGUUCCAAUUAUCUUCAAAGACAUGAAAAAACUCACAAUAGAGAAAAACUUCAUCAUUGUAAACUAUGUGGGAAAACCUUCAAUUGUUCCAGUUAUCUUCGAAAACAUGAGAGAACUCAUAAUGGAGAGAAACCCUAUGAGUGUAAUAAAUGUGGGAAAGCCUUCAAACAGUUAUAUUCUUUUCGAAUACAUGAAAAGACCCACAGUGGAGAGAAGCCCUAUGAAUGUAAAGAAUGUGGGAAAGCCUUCAGUCACCCAUCUUCCGUUCGAAUGCAUGAGAAAACUCACAAUGGGGAUGGACACUAUGAAUGUAAACAGUGUAGGAAAGCCUUCAGUUGCUUGUCUUACCUUCAAAAACAUGAAAAGAUUCAUGGUGGGAACAAACCCUAUGAAUGUAAGGAAUGUGGGAAAGCCUUUAUAAAUUCCACUUGCCUUCGAAUCCAUGAAAUGAUUCACACUAGACAAAAACGCUAUGAAUGUAAACAGUGUGGGAAAGCCUUCAGACACUUGCAAUCCUUACAGAUACAUGAAAAGACCCACAAUGGAAUGAAACCCUAUGAAUGUAAGCACUGUGGGAAAGCCUACACUCGUUCCAGUCUUUUGAAGGUCCAUGAAAGAACUCACACUGGAGAGAAACCCUAUCAAUGUAAGCAGUGUCAUGAAGCCUUCAGUUGUCCCAGUGCCUUUCGCAAACACGUAAGAGCCCACACUGGAGAAAAACCCUAUCAAUGUAAGAUAUGCGGAAAGACUUUCAGUAGUGCUGCUCACUCUCAAAUCCAUCGAAGAACUCACACUGGAGAGAAACCUUACGAAUGUAAGCAGUGCGGUAAAACUUUCUCUCGUUCCGGUUACUUUCAUGCCCAUGAGAAGAUUCACAGUGGAGAGACACCCUAUCGAUGUCAGCCAUGUGGCAAAGCAUUUUUGCGACUCGUAAAUUUUCAAAGACACAUGAUUGCACACACCGGAGAUGGACCUUAUAAGUGUAAGGUAUGUGGGAAAGCAUUUAGUCACCCCAAUUACUUUCGUCAGCAUGAAAGAACUCACACUGGAGAGAGACCCUAUGAAUGUAAACAAUGUGGGAAAGCCUUUAUCUCUCGGGGUUCCCUUCGAAGACAUGAAAAUAUUCACACCGCAGCCAAAUCCUAUGAAUGUAAGCAGUGCGGAAAAACCUUUCGUUAUUCCUAUCGGGUCCUAAUACAUGAGAGAAUUCACACUACGGAAAAAUCAUAUGUAUGUAAGCAAUGUGGGAAAGCCUUUUGUUAUUUUCGACGAUUACAAGUACAUGAAAGAAAUCACACUCUGGAGAAACCUUAUCAAUGUAAAGAAUGUGGGAAAGCCUUCAAAAACUUGUGUUUCUUACAAAUACAUAAAAAGGCCCACAGUAGAGAAAGACCCUAUGAAUGUGACAAAUGUGGGAAAACCUUCAAACAUUUCUAUUCCAUUCAAAUACAUGAAAGGAUUCACACCGGAGAGAAGCUUCUUCAGUGUAAACAAUGUGGGAAGGCCUUCGUUUGUUCCAGUUACCUUCAAAGACAUGAAAAGACCCACAAUGCAGAGAAACCUUAUGAAUGCAAGGAAUGUGGGAAGGCCUUCAAAUAUUUAUAUUCCUUUCAGUUACAUGAAAGAACUCACACGGGAAAAAAUCUCCAUCAGUGUAAACAAUGUGGGAAAGUCUUUGUUUGUUCCAGUUACCUUCAAAGACAUCUAAAGACCCACAGUGAAGAGAAACCCUAUGAAUGUAAGAAAUGUGGGAAAGCCUUUAAACACUUGCUUUCAUUUCAACUACAUCAAAAGACCCAGAGACAUGAAAUGUCCCAUGGUGGAGAGAAACCCUAUAAAUGUAAGGAAUGUGGGAAAGCCUUCCGUUGCCUGUCUUACCUUCGAAAACAUGCAAGGACUCACACUGGGGAAAAACCAUAUAAAUGUCAGGACUGUGGGAAAGCCUUCUAUUACUCCAGUUCCCUUCGAAAGCAUGAAAAGAUUCAUACUACAGAGAAACGCUAAAGGAAGAACAUGGGUGGGAAGGAUUUCAUUAUCAUACAUUUACCACACGGGAUAACACAUAUGAAGAAAACUUACAUUGUUAUGAUACAUGUGGAAAAGUGUUUGGUCUUUUUGUUUCAAUUCAAAACCAUGACAUAAAACAUACAGAAAAACUUCAAUAUGAGCAAUCUACUCUUGGUCCACAAGUAAGAAUGUACACAGGAUCAUAACUUUGUAAAUAUGAAAAAUGGGUAAAAGUUUAUAUUGAUAAUUGUAAAAUAUUUUAUUAAAAAUCAUGUGAAACCUUAUAUAGGGGUCCCACAAAUGAAAGUAAUGUGAACAUGGCAAUGCUAAGUGAUCCAGAAAAUACAUAAUGUAAAACACCGUAAAAGUUACAAGCUAGGGACCAGCAGAUGGUGUAAUGGCUACAUCGCUGGAUUCCCAUGUAGUC